CCAGGCAUUGCGUCCAUGUUCGUGUCCUUCAUGGUGGGCUUCUACUACAACACCAUCAUCGCCUGGGUCAUGUGGUACUUCUUCAACUCCUUCCAGGACCCCCUGCCCUGGAGUGAGUGCCCGCUCAAUGACAACCGGACAGGCUACGUGGAGGAGUGUGCCCGCAGCUCCUCGGUGGACUAUUUCUGGUACCGGGAGACCCUCAACAUCUCCACCUCGAUCAGCGACUCUGGCUCUAUCCAGUGGUGGAUCCUGCUCUGCCUGACCUGCGCGUGGAGCGUCCUCUACGUGUGCACCAUCCGCGGCAUCGAGACCACCGGGAAGGCCGUGUACAUCACCUCAACGCUGCCCUAUGUGGUCCUAACCAUCUUCCUCAUCCGCGGCCUGACGCUGAAGGGAGCCACCAAAGGCAUCGUGUUCCUCUUCACGCCCAACGUCACGGAGCUGGCCAACCCAGUCACCUGGCUGGACGCGGGGGCUCAGGUCUUCUACUCCUUCUCGCUGGCCUUUGGGGGCCUCAUCUCCUUCUCCAGCUACAACUCUGUGCACAACAACUGCGAGAAGGACUCGGUGAUCGUGUCGAUCAUCAACGGCUUCACGUCCGUGUAUGCGGCCACCGUGGUCUACUCCAUCAUCGGCUUCCGCGCCACCGAGCGCUUUGACGACUGUUUCAGCACGAACAUCCUGACGCUCAUGAACGGGUUCGACCUGCCCGAGGGCAACGUGACUCAGGAGAACUUCGAGGAGAUGAAGCUUUGGUUCAGCACCACCAACCCUGAGGCCUUCUCAAAGCUGCACUUCCAGACCUGCGACAUGAACACCUUCCUCUCGGAGGGCGUGGAGGGCACCGGGUUGGCCUUCAUCGUCUUCACGGAGGCCAUCACCAAGAUGCCCGUGUCCCCGCUGUGGUCCGUGCUCUUCUUCAUCAUGCUCUUCUGCCUGGGCCUGUCGUCCAUGUUUGGGAACAUGGAGGGCGUGGUCGUGCCCCUGCAGGACCUCAACAUCAUCCCUAAGAAGUGGCCCAAAGAGCUGCUCACAGGCCUCAUCUGCCUGGGGACGUACCUGCUCGCCUUCAUCUUCACCCUGAACUCUGGCCAGUACUGGCUGUCCCUGCUGGACAGCUAUGCCGGUUCCAUCCCGCUGCUCGUCAUCGCCUUCUGCGAAAUGUUUGCGGUCGUCUAUGUGUACGGCGUGGACAGGUUCAACAGAGACAUUGAGUUCAUGAUUGGCCACAAGCCCAACAUCUUCUGGCAAGUCACGUGGAGAGUGAUCAGCCCACUGCUCAUGCUGGUCAUCUUCCUGUUUUUCUUCGUGGUCAAGGUCAAAGAGGAGCUGAUAUACAGCGUCUGGGACCCUGCCUAUGAGGAAUUUCCCAAAUCCCAGAAGGUCACCUACCCGGGCUGGGUGUACGCUGUGGUCGUCAUCGUGGCUGGGAUGCCCUGCCUGGCCAUCCCCGGCUUUGCCAUCUACAAGCUCCUCAGGGACUGCUGCCAGAGGCCAGGGGACCGCCAGGGGCUGGUCAGCGGGCCGUCCACGGCCUCCAUCAACGGGGACCUGAAGUCCUGA